UCCCGAAUGGCCUUACAAGGAAAGCCAAAAACUGUGGCGGAGCUCUUUCGCCCGCACUGGAGUGUUUGGAAGUGCCUGGGUCAAGUGCCACACCACAAGUACCCGAAGCUCUACAAACUCUAUGCGAUACUCUUGAAUAUUUGCUUUAGCAUCGGUUAUCCACUACAUUUGCUGCUUGGCCUACUAAAUUCGUUAACAUUGGAGGAGAUGUUCCUAAAUCUCACCAUAAGCGUGCCAGUUGCCGUUUGCUCGCUGAAGUUUUUCAAUAUUUGGCGUAACUUGUAUAAAGUUCGUCAGUUGGAGAAAAUGUUCAAUACACUUUAUGCGCGCAUUAAUCAACGCGACGAAUGGACAUAUUAUCGAGAAGUCACCAUACCGAACGCAUUAAAAGUUUUGUACUUAUUCUAUUUCAUUUGCCUGGGCACAGCUGUAACCUCGGAAUUGACGCUUUUGUUAAUGGGCUUCGCUCACGAAUGGCGACUAAUGUAUCCAGCCUAUUUCCCCUUCGAUCCCUAUGCAACGACUGGCAAUUAUGUGUUGGCGCAUUUGUAUCAAAUAAUCGGCUUGUUGGUGCAAUUGGCUGAGAAUUUGGUCAGCGACACUUACGGUGGCAUGUGUCUGGCGCUGCUGGCCGGACAUGCACAUCUGUUGGGUAAGCGUGUGGCACGCAUUGGCUAUGAUGCGAGCAAGACGUGUGAGGAGAAUAAUCGCGCGCUGGUCGAUUGCAUUGCGGAUCAUAAUAUGUUAUUUGACUGUCAUCGCGCUAUUGGCGAAAUAAUUGGCGUAGGCAUGUUUGUGCAAAUCAUUUCGGCGAGUCUCAUUAUGGGCAUAGUCAUCAUCUAUAUGGUUUUUUAUGUGAACAACGCCUUUGAGUUCGUCUACUAUGGCAUCUACUUGUUCGGCUGCACGAUGGAGGUAUUUCCCACCUGCUACUUUGGCACUUAUUUCGAAAUCGAAUUCGACCAACUGACCCAUAUGCUGUUCUCGUGCAAUUGGAUGGAUCAGGGGCGUGAAUUUAAUAAAAAUUUGCGCAUUUGUGUAGAGCAGUCGUUGCGGAAGCGUAGUUUCCGUGUCGGUGGCAUGUUUCAUAUAAACUUGAAUACCUUCUUUGCAACUUGUAAGGGUGCCUACUCACUAUUGGCGCUCGCCCUGAGCAUGAAAUAA